CUACUACCACGCGUCGGAUUAAUUAAUACCUGUUUUGUUAUCACAGCACGAGCUCGGGCCGUGCCUGAGGUUUGCGGUUUGCUAGUUUCCACGGGCUUUUCCAGUGUCAAAUGUCUGAGCCAUAUCUAUAUAGAGCCUUCUGGUUACUCAUGAGCUGAGCGCAGUCCAGCCGCGUUAGUGGGAUGGACUCGUUUUUGGCGACUAUGGACCUCCCGAGCAUCACAACGCGGCGGGACGUUAUUGAUGAGACGACCAAAAGGGUUUCCCCGCCUCUGCGAUGCAAGGUGGAGCAGUGCGGCAUCGACCUUAAAUCGGCACCUAAGACGCAUCAGCGUUUCCGGCUAUGCAACACGCACAUCAAGGCGCCAGUGGUGGUGGUGGACGGCGUGCACAGCCGUUUUUGUCAACAGUGCUCGCGUUUCCACCCGGUGGAUGAGUUCAAUGGCACAAACAGGACGUGCCGCAUGAUGCUGGCGAAGAACCGCGCCCGGCAGCGCAGCACCACCAGCGGCCCGGGGUCGGGUGGGCGGUCCGCCUUCGGUCGCCGUUCCAUGCAGUCUGAUGAGGAGGACGAGGAGUUGUCGGACCUGUCGGACAGCGGCUCGGAUGAGCGGGGCGGCACCGCCACACGCAAAGGCGGGAAGGCGGGCGGCGCGGGUGGCCGAGCCAGCAGCUCUGGCAAGGCCGCGAGCGGCGGCAACAAGAGCGGCGGUGCAACGGCGGCCGGCGCAGUUGCAGCCAGCGCCGCCGCAGUGAACUCGCAGCCACUGGGUGUGCAGCCGCCGACUCUGCUGAGACGUCUGUCUGCGGCUGGCGGGGCGGGCUGGGGCAACAGUGGCAAUGGUUCUGGCGCGUUGGGGGCACUGGCCCCUGGAGGGCCGCUCGGCGCGGCUGUUGUGGGCGGCGUGGGCCCAUCCGGGACCAGCUCCAUUGCCGCCGCCUCGCAGCAAGCAGGCGAAGCCCAGGCGCUGCUUGGGCAAGGGCACCAGGGCCCCGCGCCCAUGGAACUGGGCGGCGGUGGCGGUGCCAAUGGCAGCCACCACGCCGGGCACGGCCGCCACGCGCUGCUGGGCCACCUUGGCCUAGGCGAUGGCACCGGUGGCACUGGCGCCGGCAUGUUUGCACGCAGCUCAGCGCCGCCUGAGCUGGGUGCCGGCAACCGGGCCGCAGGUGGGUGGAAUGGGCUGGAUAAUCAGCGCCACCAGCAGCAGCUGCAGCAUGUGCAACAGCAGCAGCCGCUCCCAUAUCGGCCGGCUUACCUGGAACCUCAGCUAUUGCAGCAACGGCAACAGCAACAUCAUCAACAACAUGAGCGCUACCAGAUGCAGCAGGCCCUUCAACAACAGCAACAGCAGCAGCGAGAGGAGCGCCAACUGCAACAGCAGCAGCAGCAGCAGCAGCAGCAGCAGCAGCAGCAGCGACAGCAGCACGUGGUGUCCGGUGGCGCAGGCUACGUGCAGGGCCCGCACUCUGGCGGCCAGGUUCUCGGCGACUUCGGCAGUGGCGUUGGCACGCGCAGUGGAAACUAUGGCGCAGGCGGUGCACCACAGGGCGAUGGAGUGUCCCUUGCACAACAGCAACAGUAUGGGGCACACGCGCCGCAACACGGACAUGCGCAUGUCUCGCCGUUCGCAGCACGUCCAGGGAUGACGGCGGCGACAGGCGCCUCCGCCGCCUCAUCUCCGCAAGUGGUCGAAUACCACCGCCCCUUGUCUGUCACGGCUGUGGCUGGGGGAAUGGGCGGUGAGGGUGGCGGCGGCGGCGGUGGCGGGAGCGGACAUGUGCCCUUCCUGUACAAUGCCGGCGUCACCGGGGCUGGCGCUGGUGGAGGAGCUAGCAUGUUUGCCCGCAUGUCGGCACCAGUGAGCGCCACGUCGCCGUUGCUGCGGCCGAUGGGCGGCCGGGGUCCAGGCGGCGUGAGCGGUGGCGGAGCCGGCGGGCCGCAGGCUGUGGCGGCGGCGCUGAUGGGGCGCAACAGCCUGGCGGGCUCGCUAGUGCGCGUAGAGUCCAUCAAGCGCCGCCGCAGCGGGGACGGCAUGGGCGUUGCCGAGGAGCAGCGGCUGCUGGAGCAGGAGGGCGCGCCGUCACCCGCCAUCCGCCAUUGCAGCUCCUCCGGUGUGCGCGAGCCGAUGCUGGACGGGGCACUGCAGACCGCGGGCAGCACCGGCAGCGGCCUCGGCAGUGGCCUCGGCAGCGGCCUUGGCAGCAACUCUGCCUUUCAGAGGGCCAGUCUGCUGCAACUGCAGCUGCAGCUGCAGCAACUGCAGCAGCGGGCCGCCACGACGGGCGGCAUUGGUCUUCCCAUGGACGCGCGACUCCUACCAGGCGGGGCGUCAGGGCCGUCGCAAGGGACCGGUGUUUCGCUGGCGGCCCCAGGUGCUGACGUCGGCGGCCUGCGCGGCGGCGCGGCGGCAGCUGCCGGCGCGACGGGGCUCCAAAGUGAGGCCGCACUCAACGCCGCGCUGACGGCACUGAGCGCGCAGCAGCAGGCACUCAUGCAGCAGCAGCAGCACCAGCGCGAGCUGCAGGCGAUGCUGCAGCAACAGCAGUACCAGCUGCAGCAGCUUAUGCAGGAGCAGGAUGUGGAGCCGGAGCCGUCGACCUCGGCGGCGUCUGCCGGCAGCAACGACUCGCCGGCGUGUGGCGCCAUGUCGGGAAUUGGCGGGGUUCUGCAGUCCGUGGCCGCGGCGGCAGCGGCGGGCGAGGAGCUGCGGACCGUGGCGCUGCGCCGCAGCCACCACCAGCGCAACGCCAGCGGCGGCAGCGCGUCACUCGCGCAGGCGGCAGUCGCUGCGGCAGCGCAGCGCAGCAGCGGUGCGACCACGCCGGCGGGCCCCACAACAGCAGUACUGAUGAUUGCUGCGAACGGCAGCCGGCCCAUGACGCCGCGCUGCGAAGCGGCGGCAUGCCUGGGGGCCCUCGCGCUGGGUGACGGCGGCGGCGGGGGCAGUGGCCUCGGCUCAGCAGGGCCCGGCUCGGCGGGGCCCGGGUCAGCAGGACCCGGCUCAGCUAACGUGGCGACCGGCAGCGUUGGGGCCGCCGUGCCGGCAGGUGUAGUUAAUGAGGACGAAGGCCUGGCGGCUCUGGCAGCAAAGUGGCGGCGCGAGGCAGAGGAGGGCAACAGCCUCCAGGCGCAGGCUGCGCGGCAGGCACAGCGAUACGCAGCUGGGCAACCCGUCAAAACCGAGCCCGAUGGCCUCGGCGUAGGCGGCGGCGUAGGCCCCGCCGGGCCGCUGCUGCAGCCGCCGGCCGGCACCAUGACGGGUGCUAUGCAGCCCGCUGCGCUGGGUGGCUUCGCCGCGCCCGUUGCCGGUGGCGCCGCUGGCGGGUUCGUGUGCGGCCCGGAUGGCAAGCUGGAACACGGCUCCGAGGGGUGCUCGGGUGCGGACCCCGCACGGCCCCAAAUUGCCACGGCACUGACACCAGGCAUGGCAGGCGGGGCCCACGGAGCUGCACAGGCCAUCGGUGUGCAUGGGCGGAACGGGGUGGCUGGACUGUAUCCGGGAGGAGGCGCUGGAGCGCUGGACGCGGCACAGGGUGAUGGUGGGUAUCUGCGUACUACGCAGAGCGAACCGGCCUGGGCUAACCCGUCUGGAGCUCCACACAUGCAGUUGCAGCCCCAGCAGCAGCAAUAUGGGCUGGCGCAACCGCAACAGCUAUCAGUAGGCGCGGGGCCCCGUCCGCAGCUGCAGCAGCAGCAGCAGCUCCUGCGCAACUCCAUGCUGCGUUCGUCGUCGCCGCUGGGUCCUGGCGGCCCGUCUUUCGCCCGCAGCUCCGGUGGCGGCGUGGGGGCUCCUUCUGGGCUUGGCAUGGCGUCUGCGCAACAGCAUUGGGGGCUGCAACGGCUUGGCGGUGGGAUGAGCGGCAUGGCUGAAGGGCCUGGCGAUGGCAAGAAGGCCGUGGGCGAGGAGACAGAAGAGCAGCUCCAACUUCUGCUUUCGGACCUGUUCGGGGGCCAGGGCUCCGCAGGUGGGCCGGGGGGUCACCGAGCGGCUGCAGCGCAGGCGGCGCAGCAUACCGCAGACGGGAUGCCAGCAAUGCAGCUGCAGCGACAAUACCAGCAGCACCAGCAGCAGCCGCUUCUGUCGGAGCACCAGCAGGAGCAGGACUUGCAGCAACAGGACCUGCAGCAGUUGGGCAUCGCGCGGGAGCGGCAGCGGCGGCUGUGGGCCGACCUGCAGGCGCUGCAGGCGCAACACGAGCAGCUGCAGCAGGCGCUGCUGGCGGGUCAGGCCAACGGCACGCAUGACGCGCAGCUAGUGGCGCUGCUGCAGCAGCAGUCGGGGGCGCUGGAGACGCAGCGGGCACAGGCGGCUGCGGGCGAGGAGAUGCUCCACCGCAUGGAGGCUGAGAUCAUGGCGGCGGCGCAGCAGCGGCAGCAGCAGGGUGGAGGCCCGGGGAUGCAGUGGUCGAAGCAGUAAGGCGGCACGGUGUGAUUUGGUUUCCGAUGAUUUGAAUUCGCGCAGGCUAAGGGGCUUUACGUGACCUCCCUUGUCGGGGAUAGCGCGAGCAAAAGGCUGGUCUAGGUGGGGGAUAGGUGUGCGUGGGACAGGUCGUAGGGUUUGGGACAUUUGGGCGGGCUCUAGCAUGCACUGCUUUACACCAGGGCGACGGUGUGUGUGGGUUAUGGUGAGGUCACGCGUAUCAUCGCUGGGGUUUUCUGCACUUGAGACCGCCUGCGUUUUAUGGUGUACUGCAUAUGGAGUGUCAGUAAAGACUGCUGGCGUGCGGGUACAGGGUUGGACUUGUUGGAAGACCCGUUGCUGCGAGACUGUCAUGCAUGUGCUGCGACCGAGCAACAAUGGGACUUGCAUGGGUGCACUGCAACGCUGCGGGAAUCCGAUGUGCUGUUCUGUAGGCAUGGGCCGGUCAUUACAGUGCCCUCCACGGUUGCGACAUGCCCCCACGGUAUGUAUAUAAGAUAUCUGAUUUCGAGCCCUACAUGAGUGCACUGUAUGCCUCAUUGCUUAUAAGUACCUGGAGGAGUGGGAUGUCAGGCGACGACAGUCCGAGUGCCUGCCUGAGUCCGCAAUGGAGAAUCCAUGCGUGACCGAACCGUCCGCAUCAUGCAGAGCUGCGUUCCGGUUUCGACAAAACGCAUUUCAUAGUCGUGCACCAUCAUCGCGUUUAGCAACUCAGUUGGGCACGCAUGCCAUACUGUCGUCAGGAUAUCGCAUAUGGUACCGACAGUGGUCAUAGCAAGACGUCCGAUACACUGCGGCCUUGUCAUCGUGGGCAUGGGCGUGGGCAUGGGCCAGCAUGGGGCGUCACUGUUACACGUGCGGCUUGUUUUGAGUACGAGGGCGUGUCCCAACGCGAUUGAUACAGACCUUUCAAGGCUUCAUGAACGCAGUUGUUGCGCAGUUGCUGUCGUGUUGGAUGGGUGCACCUCACCAGUCUUGCAUGGUCUAGUUUGUCCCGUUUCCUAGUUGAGGCCAAGGGUAAGGGCUUAUUCCUGUCUGUGGCUGUAGGUCGUCCAGUGCAUAAGAAGUUCUGGUCAUCGCCUGUUCUAGGCGUAGCCCAAACACCUUAUUGCUCUGGGGACGCGGCGAGUGCGAGAGAGCCUCGGAUGCCCCGGUCGGCUGGACAGUGACAGUCUGCUGGCGAGGGUGGGCUGUACUUGUUGCUAUAAGGCAGUACUCCGUGUGUGUGUGUGUGUGUGCACAGCAGUAAUAGCUGACUAGCCUGGGCUUGGGACAGCGUGGACGCCAUGUUCUUGUGAGUUUGAGGUGUUGGUGUGCUGUAGUCGUGGCCCGGCGUGUAACUGCUCGGUUCG